UACACGGCAUUAUGGGUGGAUUUAACAGGUGCUUGCUCGGAGCUCCACCUCCUUAAGGAGGGUUUGACAAGCGCCAACAAUGCCAGAUUCGUGUCAUAAGGGGACACACUUCCCAUAAGAUGCAGCAGCCGUAAGAUGUUAUAACCCGCUAAUUCCCUGAUGCCAAAAUACUAUCUGUGAAGUGCCUUAAAUAGACUGUGUUCUAAGACUGCAAAAUGGCGAAAGCAGACAUGGAUAUCGAGAUGAAUGGUGCUAGUAGUUCCAAGGAUACCAAUAAACUUGGUCUCACUCCGACCGGAUAUGAACGAGAAAAACUCAACAGGUUACUCAAAAUUCUGGAUGGAGGAUUCGGCGUGGAUGAAAGCAAGAGAAGAGUCAGAUUCCGAGAUGCUGAAAAGGAUUCGCCAAGACUGCUAACCCAGCGAGUGAAAACUUUUUAUGUUGAGAGCUGGCCCGAGGUCAAAGUCAAGUUAGGGAACACAAUUCGCCCCAUGUCUGGGAGUCGUCACUUAAUAGGUGGUACACCCAUUACUGUGGAAACAGCCGUGUCCCUAAAACACAUGAUCUUUGGAUCAUGGGCGAGCCAGGUCCAUUUCUUCUCCACGGAAUGGAGGAAGUCCACUAUCGACUUUUACGAUAUUUCUGGACCAUUUUCCUUUGGAUUACAAACUUUGAAGUGCGGGUCACGCGGCCUCGUCUUGGCUAUACAAGCCUACCUGUUAAAAAGUCUCAUCUUUGAUCGUCAGUUUGCUUCGAUUGCUCUUAUACGAAGUGCCCUUCAGCCAAAUGACUUUGAGAGAAGGCGUGCGCUGAUAUCAGCAAUGUGUCAAAUCUUGUGGCUGGUCGGUGAUAACCGUCGCUGCUGUGUCUGUCUUCAACAAGUCGACCGGUGCUAUGCAAACGACUACCGAUGUCGUGAUGACGGCAUCACGGAAAAAAUCUUAUUAUUUGAAUUCAAAAAGUAUCAAGACUUGGAAAUGUUCAUGAAAAGACAUUGGACUGAGUUCCAGAGAGAGGGAAACAAUGGCUGUAUAAUGUUCCUGUACAGCAUCAUCCUGUCCAGGACUCCAGGAAAGAUCUACGAGGACCUACAGAUGGACGAAGAUGACCGACAGAGGAAGUUACUGACCGACAAUGAGGCCUGUAGCACUGCCUUCCUCAACUUACUGAUGACCGGCAUGGCAACGCCCUAUCUCCAUAACAACAACCAGAUCUACAGCGAGGAGGCCAAAGUGCUGGAUGAGGACCCUAUAAAUGCUCGCGACCAACGCAAUCCUACUCCAGAUGAGGAGAUGUAUGAAGAAGCUAAGCCACGGAGAGGUAUACAGAGUAGAAGUACCAUCGGUUUCCUGUACUUUGACAAAACAGAGCCACAAAAAGAUAGGACUGAGGUCGGCAGCAUGCUGAAGACUCCCAAGUUACCAAUAUGGCUGACCAGUACCAACGGUCAGAUUGGACUGCUGUUCAGCAACAAAAUUGAGCUGGUCUCUGAUUGGAGGGUUGAGAACCGUUUCUCACUACAGUACUAUACUGGACUAUCGGCCCACAAACCCUGUACACUCGAAAUAGAAACAAGAAAUGGUCGAACCAUCAGAGGACAGACACUUCUAACAAGGCGCAAGGAAGAUGACAGGAUUCCAUCCCUGGAACAAGGAAUCAUGACAAAAUGGUACGGCGCAGCCAUCAAAUGGCAAGGAUGUGAUCCGUUCAUUUGAUGUGCCUUCUCCAAUGACUUUAAGCAGUGUUUUUUUGGGACCAAUGACUUUCAUAAAAAACAAUUUCAUUGGUACAAAAGCUGACUAAUGAAAUGGGACAUAACAUCAUCUUUCAUCAAUAUUUAACUAUAAUCGAUCUGAAGACAUUAGAGUCAGAGUUCAGUUUAUUGCAGACAGGGAUUUGAUGGUAUGUACCUCAACGUCCCCGUGGUUCAGAGCCGUUUCUGUGAACCAAUGACUCAUCAAACUUAUCUGUUAAUCAAAUGUGCCACAUACAAAGCAUCAUGAGAGAGUGAUUUAACGCAGCUUCCUGUACAUUUUACGGUCCUUUAGAACUGUCUUUGAUUUUUGGUAUCUCUGAAAAAAACCCGAACAUAUUUGAUACUAGAAAAGUAACUAUAAAAGAUUUAUAUAGUUUUUAAAUAAUUGACAAAACAGAGAAAAGGAAAAUGUGAAAAACACGAGAAUAUGAAGGAUGAAAUUUAUUUUAAAGAGCAAUGCAUGUAUUUCUUGUUUUCUAACGAUCAUUUUGAAACCUUAUAAAUGUAAAUUUAGUUUCGAUUUUUUUUAAAAGGAAGUGAAGUUUAAAUGAAUUUGUUAUCAGGCUGAGGCCAUUUGGGAAUUGCCUCCGAUCAAAACAUAUUUUAUUAUGAAAGCGUUAAUUAGAUAGUGGAGGGUACUUUCAUUUUCCCGAUACAAUUACGUAUUAAUGUGUUGAUGAGGGAUAAAUCAUGUAUGUUGUAAACCUGUCGCCGGAUGAUGAUAACAGCGAAUCUCAACGUCAUUACAAACAGUACGAUUUUUUUCUUUCUGACAAUAUCUGUCUGUAAAUGUUAUUAAUGAAAUGACAUAUCACACAUAGAAAAAGAUAAUUACUGCAAACAAAGCAUUUUACAAUAUUACAGAUUGUUAUUGUGUCGGUAGGUAAAUUGCCCUUUUGUCCCUUAAAAUGUUAAAUUUGAAAUGAGCAAUUUAUUUUUAAACAAUACCAUUGGUUGCUAAUCAUGUCAGGUUAUGGGACGGAUUUAAAACAAAUGUCCGAGUAAUCUCAUUUUUGAUUGUAGAAUGCUUUUAAUGUUUCAGGAAACAUGACAAAGUCGUUACAAAUAAACUCUUAACCCUAGUUAUUUAAUACGGGUAUCGCCAUAUUACCAUUCUAUUUCUAUCGGGGAUAAAAUGAUUAAAUGCGAUAUCAUCCAAUACAAACACUGAAAUGAUCCCCUGAUGUUUCCUGUCUGGGUAGUCGAAGUGCUUCACAAGAGUCUCACUGAUCGUGAAGAUAUAGAAAACCAGCAGAUGUUCAUAUAGUUAUAAAUGUCCCGUUGUUAUCAAACGUUUUAGUGCUGUUCUCGGAAAGGUUGUUUGAAAGCAUGGCCAUCAUAUGAAUACCUGGAUAAGGACCCUUCAUACAGCUAUAUCUUUCUGGACACGUCAGUAGAUAUCCAUAUUGCUACCAGACCUGCAUUAGGUUUCAUCCUUCUCUGAUAGUGUAAUAAAUACGUCCUCAGUAAUGACACGUUUUAUUGGCCAAUUUGUAAAUUCGAACGUUUCAUAUUGUUCACAGUUGAUCGUCAAAAUAGUGUUAAAUAAUCUUAAUGUAGGACUUUAACUGUAAUAGGAAUAUAAAGGGCUGACAAAACGGCUUAGAAGAAAAAAACUAGUGAUCAGGAAGUAUGUUUGGUUUCUGUUAUUAAAUGAUAUGGCCAUAAUGUUAUAAUGACCUGAAAAAAGGGUGUAUUUAUCCUGAUUAUAAUUGGUUAAUCUAUUCAAAUAUAUAUGUUUUUAUUUAAAAUUUAGUAGGGGACUAUUGCAAGAAUAGGUCUGAAAAGUGUAUAUGUAUAGUCUUUAUUUAAUUAUUCAGAUUGGACAAAUAAUUCUUUGUAACGCUAUAGAGCAAUGUGUUCUAAUAUGAACAGAUUUCAGACUCUAUUGUUUUUAUCUGGAUGAAUAUCAAGCUUAGAGGACGAUAUUAGCCAUUUCAGUAGGAAACGUCCAACAAAGGUUACGUCUGUACUUGUUUUAGACGUCUCCGCUUCAAUUAAAUGUUAUUUAAAAUAGGCAAUAAAUGUCUAAAUGUUGAUUGUACAUCUUUUGAAUUGGUAAACAUGUUUUCAGCCAAGUUUUAAUUUACUAUUAGACCUCACCACAAUUUGUAAUCAAACUAGCGACAAAAAUACGUGUAUUUGAAGAAAGUGACAGAAACGUUAUACUUCUUCUUUGUGUUCUUUCUGGAAUUGUUGUUUUAAGACAAUUGUUUAUUGCCCGUGCUAUAUAUUAUCAGGGAGGUAUUUUUGUCUCUUACUGUGUGCCAAGCGUUCAGGAAUCUCGAGUAUUUUCUGUUGAUCUUCAAACACAUUCUGUGGUACCAAUAUUGUUCAAUAUUUAAAAUCCGUUCAUUUUCUACAAGACUCGCAUACCCAGUCACAUCACUUAUCCGCUUGUUCUAGCAUCCCAGCCAUCUGACGACCCAGACAUUUUUGCUGUGAUCGAGAGGGAUAAAUGAUGUUUAACGAGACUCCAUUUUAAUUCUUUCUGUAUCUUUUUGAAGCAACGGUGCCAUACAAUUUCGUGUUUCUCUAUCUUCGAAUAUCUUUCACAUACGUUUAAAAAAUGUUAAUUCAACCUGUGUUUCAGGGCAAUGAGUGACAUUUUCUAAUCGAAGUAGUCAUUCUACACCAGUGGUCUUGCAACCAAGAUUGGAUGAACAAGACUCCAUCUUAAUUUUUAUUGUAGCUUUUUGGCACAACGAUGCCUUGCCAUGUGUUUAUUUGUUUCUCAAAACAAACACGGUUCCGUUAUUUACUGUUGUUGAAGUCUGAUGAUGCGGAUUUCCUGAUUAUUGUUUAUCAUAUAUAGUCGUUUUAAUGUUUACUUCUACAUUUUAAAGUUAUUUAAUAACUGUUGCCAAAUUAGACAUAAUGUGUCACUUCCUGCAGUAUACAGAAUAUAUUUCUCAGUAUUUAUACUUAAUCUUUAGCUACAGUGUCAAUUCUUCAACCAAAUCUGAAAGAAUAUGUUUUGCACAAAUAUUAUAUUUUAAUCGUUGAAAUCAAAUUUUCUAUAUUUUCUAUGUUUAAUUUUUCACUAUCUAGUCAAUCACAUACAAGAAAGUGUGUUUGCUAUUUGUAUAUGUAUAAACUUUGAGUGUUUUAGUUUUAUAUAUUUGAAGAAAAGUAUUCUUUAGUCAACAUAUUUUUGUAUUAAGUAAAAAUCUAUGUUAAAAUGAGUGGAAAUUGUUCUAUUUUAAUUAAAUAUUUAUUUCAAAUGUCAUAUCAUUGUUUCAAAGUAUUGUUAAUUUGUGUAAUUUUUAUAUAAUUUAUAUCUAUUUGUGAUUGGUGAUAAAAACAAGACACAUGACCGAUUAUGUUAAUUGCUUAUGUAAUGUGAGACUGUGUGCCAAGACCCUGAAAAAAUCACGGUGUCAUGAACCUCUCUCUCUCUCUCGAGCGAAUACAUUCUUGAUAUGUAGGGUUUAACGAAUGCCAACUAUUUCCAUGUACCAUUAUUGUGCUUCAGUUGCGUUUUUAAGCUGCAGAACGGAGAUUUAUUCAAAUCAAAUGACAGUAGCAGCCAUCACAUUUCGGGAGUAUGCUCUAAAACAAGUUCCAUAGAUGGGUAUGUUCAGCUAGCUCUGCGUUCCAUCAUCGUUAAAAGAGGUUGCUUUGGAUGUAUCGACUCUUAUUGCCAUGUGAUCAAAUGAUUUUAUAGAACAACCAUCGAUGGUACCUAAUAAUUAGAUUCUGUUAUUUAGGUAAAAAGAUAUCAUUGUUUUGAUAAAAUAUAACUUGGUUUCACUGACCCCGUGCAAGUUUGUUUGAACACGUUGUUUACACGGUAAUACAGAGCAAAACUAUCGUUUAAUCUCUUGAAUAACAUAAAUCCGACAGAAAUGACAAAAGUAACAAUCACAAACGUACAACUCUCUUUUUAUAAUUUUUCAAAUUGUACAAGUAAUGGAUAGAUUAUAAGACGAACUCAUAAAACAUACAAGCCUGCUAAAGUCGAAUACAAUUCCACUUGAGGUGUGUUUACGGUACUCUCUUUUGAUAUACCUUGUCAUCUUGGUCAAAUAAAGACAGGAUCCCUUUAUAACCGUAAGAUUACAUCAAAGUAUUUCUCUGUUUAACUGCUCCGGGAUCCAUGAUCGUUGGUUCAUGGCAAUACGCAAUAGCGUCCCAUUUCUGUUUGGGAAAACACAAGCAAAUGUAUUGUCGGUAACUCCACAUAGCCGUUUUUAUAAACGAUAAUGAAACUCAUUCGUCCAGAAGAAUAUACGAGGAUUCUUUCGCAAAAACAGCUCGUAAGAAUAUCUUAUCGCGUGAACUUCCUUUUAGUCAAGUGUUGCUCGGUGUUAUUGCUAAAAGUACGACCGUUUCGUUACUAUGAGUUUUAGUUUCACUUCAGUUACACUUCAUAUUGUAAACAUGUUUUUAAUCUGGAGGAUUUAGCUACGUUUUCAAUUUUCUUAAGAUUGAUUGUUUUAUUUCUUUUAAUAUUUACCUCAUUGUGUCCAUAUCACACAAUAGAUCAACGGUCGUGAUUGACCGCUGGUCUUGUGUGUAUUGUUUUAAUAUAGUGCCUUAAAUUGGCACCAAAUUUGUUAUGGUUCUUAACAAAUCCGACUUAAUUCAUCACAUUCAGAUUUUGGUAAACAAUUUUUUUUAUGAAGUGUCGAUGGAUCUAAGGUAUAAGUUUUAGUAUUUUCAAGUUCCUGUUUUUGUGUUUGAUUUCAGUUACGUUGCUGUCUGCCUGUCAAUAGACAAAAUUAAAAAUUACAUUUUUUACAUUGUUACAGCGUUAAAUAUCUUUUACACUAUUUUUAAUGGAUCAACAUGGCAUGUUUAGUGUUUAUUAAUACUGUAAAAGUCUUCUCGGUGUGGAAAUGUGUGUAUUUUAGCGCGGAAAUAUCAACCCGCGAAUAUAUAUUUAAAGAUGAUAGAUAAACAAAGUAUAUAGAUUUUAGAAGUAUUGUCAACGCGAUUGUUUCCACACACGAAAAUUACCAUUCUACAGUAUCGUUUUGCUCUACGCUAUAAUGUGUUUAUAGAUAUGAACUAUAGUUUGUUCUAUCCGGUUGUUUUGUUUUAAAAUUUAGUAUCAUUUACGCUGUAUCUGUCGAUAAUAUAUAAUUAGAUUUUUUUUCAACAUUUUGAAGUUUAAAAUUUGAUGUCCUCUACCCGUUAUUUGUCGGCUGGUUGUGUUUAUGAUUUAUAGUUUGUAUUCCUUUAUAGUGUUAUCUGUUGACAGAUAGAACUUGUAUAUCAGUCCGAUUAUGUUUAAAACUAAAUCUCAUUUUUUUCUGUUAAAAUAUACAUUGUUUUCUCUACUUGUUUUAGCUAUAACUUUCUUUACGCUGCAUCUGUUGUCUGAUAUGAAUUGUUUUAUCAACUGGUUUCGAUUUUUGAAAAGUUGAUUUCCGUAAUGCUGUAUCUGAUGACUGAUUUAAAUUGUUUUAUAAAUUUGAUCAGCUUCUUUCAGUUAUAAGAUUUGAUUGGCUUUUCGACGCAUCUGUUAACUGUUUUUUAUUGAUUUUCUUUUCUUUUAUGUUGUAUAUUUUGACUUAAUUAGAUCGUUUUAUCAACUUGUUUCGGUUAUAUGAUCGCCUUUACGCUGCAUCUGUUGAUAAAUUGUUUUGGUUGUAGAAUCUUAUAUACCCUUCAUACUGUUGUUUCUGCUGAACCUAUAUCUUGUUUCGUAGCUCUUAUUUUUUUUAUAAUUAGGACGAAAUUAUGUUUAAUAAACAUAAUUUCGUCCUAAUUAUAUAAAAAAAAAAAAAUCACACAUGGCUACUUUUUUGGAUACUGAAUUUUAGGUCCAGGGCGAGCCCUGUUUAUAACAUUAAAUGUCCAUGUGAAGAAGGUAAUUAUAAAUAGAAAUAACUGACUACAAAACUAGCUGCUUUCACCCUUCACAGGGCUCUUCAUGGUUUUACUUGGACAAUAAGGUCGUUAGAUCUGCUUUUUUCUUUAAAUAUAUUUUAUUUUGAUGUUAACUGAUAUUUGAACAAGUCCAUGUCAACCACGGAUGAUUACGAGUUAAGUGACAAAGCCUCUAUUUAGUUUCUUAUCCAGCCACAGGUGCGUAGAUGUCAAAGUUUCAAGUAAUUUAUAAUCAAAAUUAACAACAGUGCAAUCCGUAUGUAUUAACUGUCUGCAUUGUGCCUUUCGUCUAUACCGAUCGUUGGCAUUAUGCAUUAGUGUGAAUUUAGUACAUCGCUCCGUGUGCAAAGUGUUUUAUUUAUACAUAAUAAAGAAAUUGAUA